AUGUCGGCCCAAAUGUACCAGCGUGACCCGCGGGCGGGCUUGUUCUUGGGUGGACAGCGGACAAGUGGGGCGGAGAUCAGGGAUCAGAACGUCAUGGCGUGUCAAACAGUAUCCAACAUCCUGAAAUCCUCGCUCGGACCCGUUGGUCUGGACAAGAUGCUGGUGGACAAUGUUGGAGAUGUGACGAUUACGAAUGACGGCGCGACCAUUCUAUCUCUGCUCGAAGUCUCACAUCCGGCUGCUCGAAUCCUCGUCUCUCUUGCCACUCAGCAAGACAAGGAAGUAGGAGACGGAACCACCUCGGUCGUUCUUCUUGCGUCGGAAUUGCUGAGGCGGGCGAAUGAGCUCGUACGGAACAAGAUCCACCCUACGACCGUUAUCACUGGAUACCGGUUGGCAUGCAAGGAAGCGUGCAGAUUCAUGGCUGAUCAAUUAUCGACCAAGGUCGACAAGCUCGGUCGGGGAUGCCUUGUGAAUGUCGCCAAGACAUCAAUGAGCUCCAAGAUCCUCGCUGCCGACGACGACUUCUUCGCGCCCAUGGUCGUGGAUGCUAUGCUUGCGGUCAUGACUGUCAACCCCCGAGGCGAGAAGAAGUAUCCGGUCAAGGCGGUGAAUGUGCUCAAGGCGCACGGAAAGAGCGCGAGGGAGAGUUUCAUGGUCAAGGGGUAUGCGCUCAACUGCACUGUUGCGAGUCAGGCGAUGAAGACGAGAAUACAGGGUGCGAAGAUCGCCUGUUUGGACAUCAACCUGGCAAAGCAGCGGAUGCACCUGGGUGUGCAUAUCACCAUUGAUGACCCGGAGCAGCUUGAGGCUAUCCGCGCGAGGGAAUCCGAGAUCACUUUGGAGCGCGUCCGCAAGAUCCUCGCUACCGGCGCCAACGUCAUCCUCACUACCAAAGGUAUCGACGACCUCUGCCUGAAAGAGUUCAUCGAAGCCGGCGCGAUGGCUGUGCGGCGAUGCCGAAAGGAGGAUCUCCGGCGGAUAGCGCGCGCUACAGGCGGUACGAUGAUCUCGUCGCUCGCCAACCUGGAGGGCGAGGAGACAUUUGAGGCGUCUUCUCUGGGCCACGCGGAGGAGGUCGUACAGGAGCGGAUAUCGGACGACGAGUUGAUCCUUGUCAAGGGCACCAAGGUCGUCUCGAGCUCUAGUAUCAUCUUGCGGGGUGCGAACGACUACAUGCUGGAUGAGAUGGAGAGGGCCCUGCACGACGCGCUGAGCAUCGUGAAGCGGACGUUGGAGAGUGGGAGCGUUGUGCCCGGUGGCGGAGCGGUAGAGACUGCUCUGAGUAUCUACCUCGAGAACUUUGCUACGACCCUUGGCUCGCGCGAACAACUCGCUAUUGCAGAAUUCGCCAAUGCCCUCCUAACAAUCCCCAAAACCCUCUCCAUGAACGCCGCCAAGGACUCGACCGACCUCGUCGCCAAGCUCCGGGCCUACCACAAUGCCGCGCAAGCCGCACCGACCUCGGACCCCAAGCGGAAGCUCAUGUUUUACGGGUUGGACCUGUUGAAGGGGGAAGUGGUGGAUAAUCGGGAGGCGGGGGUGUUGGAGCCUACAAUCUCGAAGAUCAAGAGUCUCAAGUCGGCGUUGGAGGCGGCGACGAGUCUGUUGAGGAUCGAUGAUAGUAUUGUGGUGCAGCCCGAGGAGAGGGGAGGGGGGGAUGAUGGGCAUGGGCAUUAG